AUGAAAAAGGGCGGACAGCCUGCGGUUCUGACGACCGAGGACACACCAUCGACAUCGACGACAUCGCCAGCAACAGCUCCAACUCCCACCAAUCCAGCUACUCCUACGACAACAGCGCCAUCAACCAACACGACGUCCGCACCCUCUCCCCAACCUCCUUCCUCAGCAUCAACACCACUACCCCAAACAACAAUGUACGAGUACGAACAGAUCAUGACCUUUGACCAGCCCAUGAUGGGUUACUACACCACAAGCGGCACCACCUCCAACGCCGGCGGCUCAUCCUCGACGUCGGCCCAGCAGUCGUCGUCGGUGGCUGUCAAGAAGAAGAAGAGCAUCAAGUCGGACAAUGCGCUCGACCUGCGCGGGCCGAUGGAGGUGGACGGGUCAGUCAAGUCGAUGGCGUCCAUCAGCUUCUCUGGGGGUGACUUCGUCGUGCGGGACCGGAUUGAGGCGUAUGGUGAUCUCGGGGUUAGUGGCAGUUUGACUUGCAGCGGCAAGCUCAAGUCGUUUGGGAAUGUCAAGAUUAAUGGGAGUGUUCUUUGCAUGGACAAGGUCAAGAUCUUUGGCAAGCUAAAGAUCAAUGGCUCGCUCGAGGUGCAGGGGGAUCUGGAAGUCUGGGGUAACCUGACCAUCAACGGGUAUUUAAAGUGCAAGACGCUCACGGCGUACGCAUCUCUCACUACUGUGGGCGACGAGUCCUGGUACGAGGCCGAGCAGGGCGAAACGGUGCAUGGUGCGAAACUGGUUCAAAGGAAUAGCUAUGUGCAGUGA